AACCAUUAGCAACCAUGUAAUAGCAUAGCAUCCCCAACUUCACCCUCUCAUGGUGAUGGCCAUGGCCAUGUCCACGCUCCUCUCCCUGUCCGUGUCUAUCCACCCACCAAAACCUUUGCAAAAACCCAAUUCAAUGUGUGCACAACCUAACUCUGUUUCGAGAAGACGAGUGUUCCUCAGUGGUUCUACUUUAUUCCUCUCUCAAUUAAUUCCAAAAUCCGACGCCCAAACCAAUUCGAAUACUUUUCUUUCAGGUAUUGCCAAUACUAAGUCUUGGUUCCAAUUCUAUGGCGACGGCUUUUCUAUUCGUGUUCCACCGGAAUUUCAGGACCUCACCGAGCCUGAGGAUUAUAAUGCUGGCAUAUCACUAUAUGGAGAUAAGGCUAAGCCCAAAAAAUUUGCAGCGCGUUUUGCUUCUUCUGAUGGAUCCGAAGUUUUAAGUGUCAUAAUUCGUCCAUCUAAUCAGCUGAAGAUCACUUUCUUAGAGGCCAAAGAUAUUACGGAUUUAGGUUCACUUAAGGAGGCAGCAAAAAUAUUUGUUCCAGCUGGCUCAACAUUAUAUUCUGUCCGCUCAAUAAAAAUUAAAGAAGAUGAAGGUUUCAGGACAUACUAUUUUUAUGAAUUUGUGAGAGAUGAGCAACACGUUGCAUUAGUGGCUGCUGUUAACAGUGGAAAGGCCGUCAUUGCUGGCGCCACGGCCCCCGAAAGCAAAUGGGCCGAGGAUGGUUUGAAGCUCCGAUCUGCUGCAGUAUCAAUGACCAUUCUAUAAGCAGUAUAUAAUAUUGAGGUUCAGAGUUAAUUCAUAUAUUAUCUCAGACAAGGUCCAUCAUCCAUCCUUUUGGAUUCAAUAUUCAAAAAAUUAGCAAUGUUUCAGCUAUUUUGCAAAGCUAUUAUAACCUCAACUAAAGCAAAACCAACACUCUGCACUAUGGUUAAGCCAUAAUGAAAUUGAUGCGUUUUAAAUUCUUUUUUUAUGGUUGAGAUAGGCAUGGGGAAGCUCCGACAUUCAUUAAUGUCUUUUAUUUUGUUAUUUUAUUUUUGGAUUUUUACUCUCUGUAUCUCUUGGCUCAAACUCAUCAUCAAAACGAGCACAUUUUCAUAUUUAAUCCAUUUUAUAUAUACUUUGAAAUGC